AUGUUCCUUGUCAAUACCGGCGCGGACGUGUCCGUCCUGCCCAACUCUGCCAGUUCUCGGGAUAUGCGAUCUACCACGACCAAACUGUAUGCCGCAAAUGGAUCUACCAUCAAGACCAUCGGUGAAAAAAGUAUCAACUUGGAUCUCGGACUUCGUCGGGAUUUCCCGUGGUCGUUCAUAACCGCCGAUGUUACAACACCGAUAAUCGGCGCAGACUUCGUUCGUUUCUAUGAACUUCUCAUCGAUUUGCGUCGAAACCAACUAAUCGAAAAUCUCACCAAACUGCGAUCUUUACUAACUGCGCCAACGUUUUCCAAGGUAACCCAGAUUAAAAUGUUCAACGCAAACGACCCCUUUGCUGAUUUGUUGCGCGAGUUUGCGGAUAUCACGAAGCUAGCACCUUGUGGUUCUUCGACCAAAUCUACAUCGGGUCAACCGGUGUUUUCUCGACCGCGACGCUUGUCGCCCGAUAUGUUGACCGCAGCACGAAACGAAUUUAAUUUUUUAAUAAGUCUGGCAUAUGUCGUCCGUCUAGCAGCAACUGGGCAAGCCCGUUGCACAUGGUGCGGAAAGGCGACGGAACCUGGAGACCAUGCGGCGAUUAUCGUGCGCUUAAUGCCCAAACUGUACCCGACCGAUAUCCGCUGCCAUAUUUAUCGGAUUUUACAAGCAACUACGAUCUCCAUCGUGCUUUUCACCAAGUGCCGAUCCACGACGAUGUUGUAG